GAAUAAACAUACUUUCUACUGUCCAACCCUGAGAAAAUAUAGUUUUAUUCUGCGACUAGAAUUCACCCCUUACGAAUGACUACAUGGAAGCGUCGGUAAAGGGGAAGUCGAGACGACGGCUUUAGAGCCAGUUGGUGUUUGAGCAUUCGCGGUAGCAGUCGCAUGUCACGGGCUAGUUCGCGAAUUCCGUAAAGCGUUAGUGGGCUUCUUUUAUAGUUCGGUGCGAUCCGACAGUAGAGAGCGGAUCCCGUUCUAAAGGGCUUUUAGAAGCAUCAUUAUACAUGAUUUGCAAAGACAAUCUGUGUUUGUCUACUCCAGAAAAGGAGGGUUUUUGUCAUUUAAUGAAAUCAGCAGUACCGCUUUGGCAACCCCAUCUCGAAAGACCAUCACGACAUUGAUGGAAACACGAUACGCAGAUAUAGGGAACUACGUUCGAAAAAGUUUAUCACGUGCUCCAUCUGUCUGUGUUACGGUGGACUGCUGGCAAGAAAGACAUCAAACGAACAGUUUCUUGGGUACGACAGUUCACUAAGCCGAAAAAUGUCAAAUGCUGUCUUAUGUUUUGGGCGUUGAACAUUUGACUGAAUCACACACCGCAGAUUACCUGGAACGAAAAAUCUUGGAUGUUCUAAAUUUAUGGAAUAAAGACCGGAAAAGAGUACGCCUAAUUGUCACAGAUAAUGCUUCAAAUAUAACCAAAGCUUGUGUACAAGCUUUUAGUAAAUCGAGACACGUGCCGUGUUUUGCGCACACGAUUAACUUAAUACCAGCAAAUGCGUUAGGAUAUAAACAAGUGGAUAACCAAUCAAUGCCUCACAUGCCCGGUAUUCCGGAGAUAAUGAGAAAAUUAAAAAAUAUCGUAACGAUGUCGCACAAGAAGCAAAAUUUUUCGGAUGAAAUGAAAAAUCAGCAUAAAGCAAAUGGUGUAUCGGAAGGACAACUGCGACGUCUUCAGCAAGAUGUGCCAACAAGAUGGAGCUCUACUUAUGCGAUGAUUAAAUCAUAUCUUGAGUUACUACCUUCUGUUACUCUGGCCGCGCUUAAGUUUCCAGAUAUUGAACUCUUAACAAGUUCAGAAGUGGCAACUGUAACUGCUAUUAAAAAUGUACACAGUACAGCCAGUAAAGUUAUUCCGAUGAUAAAAAUGAAUAAUACAAAACUAGAGGCUGUUGAAGUAGCGGCAAAUGAUGAGCUGGCGUUGAAAUUUAAAAAAUUUGCUAUUAGAGAAUUGAAAUUACGGUGUGAUGAAAUUGAAAAUAAUAUGCCACUUGCCUUGGCCACGUUACUCGACCCCCGGUAUAUGGCCUUCCACUUUCAGCGCGCAUUGGCAGUCGCGAACGCUAAAUCUCUUCUACAAAAAGAGAUUAUUAAAAUGUUACAUGAUGAUGUCGAAACUGCAGUAAGCGCGUGCGAUGUGCAAACGCUACCAACAACCGAUGUUGAGCAGGAAAAAGAUGAACUUUGGAGCGUUCAUGAUGAGUAUGUUUCGUCGGCUCACGUACGAGAUGCUUCGGACGACCUGGGUUCUGUUGCUCUGACCGAAAUUAAAGCUUUCUUUUCGAGGGCUCCCUACCCAAGACACAGCAACCCUCUGGAAAUAUGGUAGACGAUUGGUCAUCAGUUCCCGCAUUUGCAUAGACUGGCGCGGAUGUUUGUACCACUGUUAGGAACCUCCGUGCCGUCGGAAAGACUGUUUUCACUUGCCGGCCGCAUAAUGGAUGAUGAGAGAAAUCGUCUUACGACACAACAUUUGUCCCAAAGCAACAAUAGACCAAGACACGUGGUAUAGAGCCAUUUCCGAACCUUCACAAGAAACAAACUGAUACCACAGACUCAUGGAAGUGAAGAUCAAAUAUUUAAAAGAACUUCGCAACAGAGAAAUUCAAACUUCACAAGCAUAAAAGUAAUUGCUUUGUUAAAAUCAGCAAUUAAAACUUUGGUAUAAAUAAAC